ACUCGACGAUAGAAAAAACGCGAAGAUGUCUGGACGAGGAAAAACCGGCGGCAAGGCCAGAGCGAAGGCCAAGACCCGCUCUUCCCGUGCCGGGCUCCAGUUCCCCGUCGGCCGUGUCCACAGGCUCCUGAGGAAGGGGAACUACGCUCAGCGUGUCGGUGCCGGAGCUCCGGUGUACCUGGCGGCGGUGCUGGAGUACCUCACCGCUGAGAUCCUGGAGCUGGCUGGAAACGCUGCCCGCGACAACAAGAAGACCAGGAUCAUCCCCCGCCAUCUGCAGCUGGCUGUCCGCAACGACGAGGAGCUCAACAAGCUGCUGGGCGGAGUGACCAUCGCUCAGGGCGGCGUGCUGCCCAACAUCCAGGCCGUCCUGCUGCCCAAGAAGACCGAGAAGCCCGCCAAGAAGUAGACCCCCGGAACCGGCUUCCACCAAAACAACAACGGCUCUUUUAAGAGCCACACACAUCCAACUAAAGACAAAUCCUUCUACAUGUUGUUGUGAAUUAACUAUUACUUUUUAAUACAGUGAG